ACAUGUGUAGCAACUUCAUAUGUAGUGAAAUAUAUGGUGAAUAUAAAUAAAUCAACAGAUAUCGUAAUGUUUGAAGAGAUGUGCGCUGUUUAAAGCGGCGGUGGAGAUACCAUACAGGCAGACGGUGGAGAGACAGGCAGACGGUGGAGAGACAGGCAGACGACAGGCAGACGGUGGAGAGACAGGCAGACGGUGGAGAGACAGGCAGACGGUGGAGCCGGUAACAAUGUCUGAAGCUGCUGUUGAGGAAAUCUCCGCUUUAUCGUCCAUUUACUGCGGAGAGCGGGAGUUCCUGCUCCUCCAGCAGUCUGCUCAGGAUGGGCUCGUGGUCCAAAUCAACCGCACCAUUGGAGGAGAUAGAGGACUGGACAUCAGCCUGUUGUUCCAACUCCACCCCCGUUACCCUUCCUGUCCCCCUGACAUCUCUGUCUCCUCCACCGGUCUCUCCAGGACUCAGUGUUCCAACAUCAGACAGAGGCUGCUGGAUCACGCUGGAGCCUUACCACCGGAGCCAAUGGUUCAUCAGCUGGUGGAGUGCUUACAGCAUUGUGUGGAGGUGACAGAGGACUGCAGAGGAGGACAGGAGGAGGUGCAAGGGAGAGAAAAAGAGGAGGUGUUUACUGCAGUGCUGUUGUUGGACCACAUCCGAUCUCAAAACCGUUACAUUGGACUGCUGAAGCGCUGGACCCAGCAGCUGCAGCUCACUGGGAGGUUGUUACAUGGACGAAGUAUACUGGUCAUUCUGCAGGGAGGAAGACCCAACAUCAAGGAGUUCUGUCGCCUUUUGAAGACAGUGAAGGUGGACGUGGAUUCUUCAGGCAAGAAAUGCAAAGAGAGGAUGAUGAAGGUUCUUAUCGAAACCACUUUGUCUUCCUCCUGUGGAAAUGGUCUCCAGGGUUUCGUGGUGAAGAACUACCAGUCGUUACCAGAGCUGACUGCAGCCUUCCAGGAAAUCAACAUGACUAUGCUCUACCAGCAGAUACAGCCAUCAUUAAGUGACUGACAGGUUACCACGAUGACAGAAUCUUAAAUGAGAAGAUCCACGACGAGCCUCCUCAAAACUCUCACUGUGCUGUAGCAUCGACUCAACAGCACACACAAUGGGACAGAUGAUGUCUUCUGAGAAAGGUUUUUAUCUACUGUAAAUUGGCUGUGUUACUGUUUAUUUGCGUCAUACUCCAAAAUAUUAAUUCUAAAAAUGUGAAGUCUUGAUUUGAGAAUUGAUACUAGGGCAUCUAGGCCUGACCCCUAAUAGUCGUCUAAACCGUUAGUCGAUGAGAAGAGUCUGAAUCAACCCAUUUCAUUAGUCAGAUGGUCACAGAAAAACAAAAACAACGUUAAAUUGUGUUCUGGAGCUGCACCUUGUUACUGGGCUAGGACAUCAGGGUAAGCCAAUCAGAUAUUGCUAAAUGUACCAGUGGCAUUAGCUACUUAGGGGUGCUAUUAGCUGACUCCGAGGGUACGCCGCCAGGGGGGGCGGGGCUGGAAUGAGCACGAGAGAGAGAGAGAGAGAGAGAGACUUUAUUUAUCCCGAGGGAAAUUCAAGAAAGAGCAGGGCGGACAGGCAAUGGAACUGGGCUCACAUCCUCCGAAACCAGCAGAGGCUGCGUGAUGUUACAGUGGAACCGACCAGGACUCUCUCUGGGGAUGAUGAAGAGGAUGGUGAUAUGGGAGAGGAACGAGUUUGUAGCAAUUGAUUUGUAAGUAACAUUAUACGUCAUCCACUGUAUCGAUAACCUGUAUGUGUUUUUGUGAAGUUGGAAGGUCUUUAAUGUGUUUUGAAUGAGACUUUUGUGAUCUUAUACUGUGAUAAAAUAAAUAAAUUAAAUGCUCA